GGUUUUGCUAUGCCUAUUGCUGAGCUCACCAACGAACCUGCUGAACUCACUGCACCUUUCAAGGAUGAAACGCCCAUCUCACCGACACACGCACCGUCUGGUGACGACGUGCCGUGCUUUGAUGAUUUUUCCUUUGAUGCGCCCGUGGAUCCUGUAUCGAUGCUGCCUUCUUAUACACAGUCUGUGCCACGACCGUCAUUUGGCAUGCACUUCAAUAUGUUUGAAGGUAGUCCAACGUACAAGCAACGUCGUCGCCGUCAGAGUAUUCCGAGUAGUGUCCUCAUGCAGGAACAAGCGCAGCUUCAACAACAGCAGCACAGACGUCAUCGACCAGACACAUCCACCAUGUCCACCACGACUUCGCAACGGGAAUAUACCGAUGUGACUGAUGCAGAGAUCCUAUCCAGUGUCGAUCAGAACUCUGAAGUCGGCGGUGACUUGAACUACAUGCAACCAAUGGAUGGUAGUGGUAGCUUGGGCAUGGAUGAGUUUGAUUACGGCUUGCAUCGACUACAACAACACACAAUGUCCGGACCGCCUGGCUCAUCCGGUGGUUCAUCAGCCUCGCGUCCCGUCUCUCGAGAUGGAUC